CCAGGCUGCACGGCUCUCUCUCCCCCUCUCUCUCUGUCCCUCCUUCUUCCUCCCGUUCGUGUUUGAGGAGAUCUCUCUCGGAGCUGGAGAGGAGAGGUCGUCCGUCUCUCUCCUCUGCAGCCUCCCUCCGCUUCCACCAUGGAUCUGGGGAAUAAAAGAGUCGUCGGGAUUAUCGCUCAGGUCGCCCUGCUCCUCUGCUGCUCGUACGGGACAACCGGAGAAGAAGCAUGUGACACUUCGCUGGUGUCCAACCUGCCGCCAUCGUCCUUCAGAAGCUCCUCCCAGCUGUCCGGGAGCCACGCCCCGGGAUUCGCCAAACUCAACAGGAGAGACGGAGCCGGAGGUUGGUCUCCUCUCGUCUCAGACAGGUAUCAGUGGUUGGAGGUGGACUUGGGAGAACGGACCAAGAUCACAGCGGUCGCUACGCAGGGUCGCUAUGGCAGCUCUGAUUGGCUGACGUCCUACCUGCUGAUGUUCAGCGACACGGGACACAACUGGAAGCAGCUCAGACAGGAGGACAGUAUAGGGUCUUUUCCAGGUAACACUAAUGCAGACAGCGUGGUUCAGUACAAGCUGCAUCAGCCGGCCGUCGCCCGCUUCCUCCGCCUCAUUCCCCUCGGCUGGAAUCCCAACGGGCGGAUCGGUCUGCGGCUGGAGACCUACGGGUGUCCUUACAACUCUGAUGUGGUGAGUUUCGGUGGCGUCAGCGACAGCGGCCUGGUGUACAGGCCGAGUCCUGGGCAGAGGCGGACAUCCAAAGAUGUUGUCACUCUGAAGUUUAAAACCCUGAGGAAUUCUGGGAUGCUGCUGCAUGCAGAGGGGCAGGAAGGACACAGCCUCAGCCUGGAGUUAGAGAGAGGAAAGCUACUGCUGCUGCUCAGACAAGGUGGGACUUCAUCCUCUGAACCGCGGCGUCUCGCUUCCCUCGGCAGCCUGUUAGACGAUCAGCAUUGGCACCACGUAGCGGUGGAGCGUCGCAGAUCUCACCUCAACCUCACCGUGGACAAGCACACGGAGAGGAUUCAAAUCCCUGCAGAUUUCAGCCACUGGGACAUCGAACAGUUGAGUAUGGGGACAGUCCAGGGCCUCGGUUCUCAGAGACCGGUCGUCUCCAAGAGGAAUUUCCACGGCUGCAUAGAAAACCUGAUCUACAACAAUCACAAACUGAUUGAACUGGCUAAACACAACAACCACCAAGUUACUGUCGUGGGCAAUGUGACCUUUUCUUGUGCUGAGCCCGUCUCCGUUGCCGUGACGUUCCCCGGGCCUCACAGCUUCCUCCAGUUGCCGGGGACGACGGCGGCGUCCUCUUCAGGGGGCGUGUCUGUGGGGUUCCAGUUCAGGACGUGGAACAAGGCGGGGCUUCUGCUCACCUUUGACCUCCCUCUGCAAGGGGGCGUGGUCUGGGUGUACCUGAGUGACGCCAGACUCCGGCUCCAGAUUCAUAAAGGUGGACGGACGCUGCUGGAGCUCAGUGCAGGUGCUGCUCUGAAUGACGGCCAGUGGCAUUCAGUGGAGCUGAACUCCGGACGGGGUCGCCUGACCAUCGCUGUGGAUAAAGACGAAGGAGGGAGCGCUCGGGCCACCCUGUCAUUUCCCGUCACUAUAGAGAGUCACCUCUUCUUUGGCGGAUGUCCUGCUGAAGACUACACCCAGGGAUGCAGAAAUCCCUUUAAUGUCUUCCAGGGAUGCAUGCGUUUAAUCACUCUAGACAACCAAAACAUGGACCUGAUCAUGGUGCAGCAGAAGCAGCUGGGGAACUACAGCAGCCUGCAGAUUGACAUGUGUGGCAUCAUCGACAGGUGUUCUCCCAGUCGAUGUGAACACGGUGGACGCUGCAGUCAGUCCUGGACCGUCUUCCACUGCAACUGCUCUGACAGCGGCUACAGCGGAGCGACCUGCCACAGCUCUGCAUACGAAUCGUCCUGCGAGGCGUACAAACACAACGGAAACACGUCGGGACACUUUUAUAUCGACGUGGACAGCAGCGGGCCGAUCAAACCACAGCUGGUCUACUGCAACAUGACAGAAGAGCACACGUGGAUGGUGAUGCAGCACAACAACACGGAGCUGACCAGAGUCCGUCCAUCUCCGGGGGCAAACCGGCACAUGGUCCUCUUUGACUACUCCUCAGAAGAUGAGCAGCUACUGGCCGCCAUCAGCCAGUCGGAGCACUGCGAACAGGAACUGUCCUACCACUGCAGGAAGUCCCGUCUCCUCAACACUCCAGAGGGCUCUCCGUUCAGCUGGUGGCUCGGGGGUCCUGGUCCGGGUCGCGUCCAGAACUACUGGGGGGGAGCUCAGCCGGGCAGCCAGCAAUGCGCCUGUGGCCUCCAGGGAGACUGUGUGGAUCUGCAACACUACUGCAACUGUGACGCCGACCGCAUGGAGUGGACUGAAGACUCGGGCCUGCUCACCCACAGUGAGAGUCUCCCCGUGAGGGCUUUGGUGCUGGGUGACAUCCAGAGGCCGGGGUCAGAGGGCGCCUACAGGGUGGGGCCACUCCGUUGCCAUGGAGACAAGAACUUCUGGAACGCCGCGUUCUUCGACAAGGAGACGUCCUACCUGCACUUCCCCACCUUCCACGCAGAGCUCAGCGCCGACAUCUCCUUCCUGUUUAAAACCACGGCCUCGUCCGGCGUCUUCCUGGAAAACCUGGGCAUCAAGGACUUCAUCCGCAUCGAACUGAGCUCCUCCACUCAGGUGCUCUUCUCCUUUGACGUUGGUAAUGGUCCUCUGGAGGUCCACGUGGACUCGAGCGUCCCGCUGAACGACAACCGGUGGCACCGAGUCCGAGCCGAGCGCAACGUCAAGGAGGCGACGCUGAGGCUGGACGAACUCCCUGUGGCCACGCGGGAGGCUCCAGCUGACGGACACUUCCACCUGCAGCUCAACAGCCAGCUGUUCAUAGGAGGCACAGCGUCCAGACAGAAGGGCUUCAGAGGCUGCAUUCGCUCCCUGCAGCUCAACGGCGUCACCCUGGAUCUGGAGGAGAGGGCGAGGAUCACGCCCGGGGUUCGACCGGGCUGCCCGGGUCACUGCAGCAGCUACGGGUCGCUCUGCCAGAACCAGGGCCGCUGUGUGGAGAAAGAGAACGGCUUCCAGUGCGACUGCAGCCAGUCGGCGUACACCGGAGUCUUCUGCCAAACAGAGGUGUCGGCCAGCUUCAAGCCGGGAACGUCCGUCAGCUACACCUUCAAGGAGCCGUACGAGCUGAGCAGGAACAGCAGCGCCCUGCCGUCCUCCAUCUACUCCGACAUGACGCUGCGAGGAGAGAACGUCUCCCUGAGCUUCAGGACCAACCAGAGUCCGGCUCUGCUGCUCUACGUCAGCUCCUACUACAGAGAGUACCUGGCCCUGCUCAUCAACAAGCACGAUAAGCUGGAGGUGAGAUACAGACUGGACAGCAGCAGAAGCGCUGAAGUGUUGAGGAGCGGCGUGAGGAGUCUGGCCAAUGGACAUCUGCACACCGUCACCAUCAGGAGGCUGGCCAACUCCGUGUCUGUGCAGAUUGAUCAAAAUGCCCGAGAAGACUUCAACCUGACGUCUGACAGAGAAUUUAACGCCAUCAAGUCGCUGGUGUUGGGCAGAUUGGACGAGUCUGAUGACUUGGAUCCAGACCUGGUCAGGUUGGCGUCUCUGGGUUUUACCGGCUGCCUCUCAGUGGUUCAGUUCAACACCAUCAGCCCUCUGAAAGCAGCUCUGCUCCACCCGGACUCCAGCCCCAUCGUCAUCACCGGACCUUUAGUCCAGUCCAACUGUGGCUCUGCAGCUUCAGCCAAUCCCUACGCAGCCGAAAACACCCACCACCUGUCAGACCAGCCCGGUUCAGUGGGUUCAGGUCAACCUUUAGUCAAUGCCAUCCGGACCGACUCAGCCCUGAUUGGAGGUGUCGUUGCCGUCGUCAUCUUCGUGGUUUUGUCUGGCCUGGCGAUCACAGCCAGAUUCCUGUACCAGAGGAAGGACACGUACCGAAACCAGGAAGUGAAGGGAGUCAAGCAGGAGGACAGCCCAGACUUUCCUUUCAACAACCAGGCCGGCUCCCAGAAUCUCACCGCUGAAAACCCAAAGGAGUAUUUCAUUUAACCGCGGACCUGGUGGUUUCUGGAGCCCAGCGGGGGCAGACGGGAGUGUCCUGACACACCUCAGGGCUUUGCAGUGCACUUAAGAGCCACUCGGACACUUCUUCUCUGGCAGAGGAGGCUCUGGAGCACGUGGAAGGCAAACAUGAACGAUUCAGUGUUUUCUUUCUGUUGCUUUACUGGAAAUUGUAAAUGGACACUGAAAACUGGCGACUGUGUCGGACUUUAAAAACGUGUUGAUAUACUUGUUCUGUACAUAUUUGAAAAUGUAAAUGUUGAAUAAUGUCUUUGUAACGAUCUCUGGCUAAUGUCACUUUGUCAUGUUGAAAGUAAUGGAGGUGUCAGUAUUUUAUUGUGUAUAGGCAGGAAAUAAUGUGGAGCGACAUCUUCUUGUGGUUGAGUUUCUACCCAGAGAGGGACGGAGAGCAAAUCCAAAUUGGCACGAUGUUAGUUUAUUUCCUGUGUGGGAGGUUUUACCCACAUUUCACCCACUGAAUGUCCAAGGAUAUCUCAUCUUUUUUUGCUAGCAUCCCCUCAGUUAUUUUCCUUUCAGCUCCUCUUCUUGAAGUGCGUGGGAUCUGUGGUCUAAAGAUACACUAUACACCAGUUAUUUCCAUUUCAAACCAUUUGACAAAAUUUUCGGAAUCGUGAACUUGGUUGUGGGUCUAAAUCAGCCGUAAAGCUGUAAUCAGUAUUGUUGAUAAUAAAAAUGACCAUGUGGGAACCAUCA